GUCGACGAUGUCUAGUGCAGAGACCAAUCACGUCAACGUCGCAGCACCUCUGACACGGUUAUCAGAGGGCGUCGCGGCGCCCACUGCCACCAUAGAGGAGGAAGAUUUUAGGUACUUCGACGUGAACCGAGAGGUGAUUACAGAGACUGACGUGGACUUAGAUUCAGCGACCGAGAGAGAUCGCCUUCCCGUGACGAUGACCACAGAUCAGCCGACUUUAGUGCGAGUCGCCACCUAUGGCAGUGCGAUCAGUGGGAUCAAAAGUGACCCGAGGAGCAGGUAUAGAGGAGGCCCAGGUAAUGCCUAUCGCAAACUGCGGCGCCGCGCCGUCUUCAAGAACGGCGAAUAUAAUGUCAUCCAGACUCAUGUAUCUAAGAGGCGCCGCAAAUACCUCCAGGAUCUCUUCACGACAUUGGUGGACAUACAGUGGCGCUGGACCAUCCUAGUAUUCGCCUUGUCCUUCUUGAUGUCCUGGUUCACGUUCGCCUGCAUGUGGUGGCUGAUCGCCUACACUCACGGGGACCUGGAGCCCGAGAACCUCAAGCCAGACUCGGGCUGGACUCCUUGCGUCGACAACAUCAACAGCUUUGUCUCCUGUUUCCUCUUCAGUCUGGAAACCCAGCACACGAUCGGCUACGGUGGCCGGGCCACCACGGAAGAGUGCCCUGAGGCGGUUAUCACCAUGUGCAUGCAGAGUAUAUGGGGCAUGAUGAUACAGGCAUUCAUGGUAGGUAUAAUCUUCGCCAAGAUGGCGCGGCCGAAGCAGCGUACUCAGACCCUGUUGUUCUCACGGAAUGCGGUAAUCUGUCAGCGUGAUGGUCAACUCUGCCUCAUGUUCCGCGUGGGUGACAUGCGAGAGCGUUCUCACCUCAUCAGCGCCUCAGUGCGCGCGCAGAUGAUCCGGCCGAGAGCCACCAAGGAGGGCGAGUACCUUUCGCCCUUCCUCUGUGAACUGGAUGUACAAGUGGACGACUACAAUUCCAACAUCUUCUUGAUCUGGCCAAAGGUCGUGGUGCACAAGAUAGAUGCCUCCAGCCCUCUCUACACCUUGAGUGCAGCUGACAUAAUCCAUGAGAGGUUCGAGAUUGUCGUGCUAUUAGAGGGCACCACUGAGUCCACUGGGCAGACGACACAAGCUCGGAGCUCCUACCUGCCCAGCGAGAUUCUCUGGGGACACCGCUUUGAGCCUCUGGUCUCAUACAGCAAGGAGCGGCUCUCAUACAUUGUUGAUUAUAGCUUGUUUCAUAACACCUAUCAGGUUGAUACUCCACUGUGUAGUGCUCAAGAGCUGCACACAUUUACAGAGCAGACAACUGCGGUCUUCGACACUGACUACGCUUGACAGUACCUCGAGCUCCUGCUCUCUCUUUGUGGGCAACUGCGACCCUAACACUGCGCAAGCACAGCCUGGGCAGCCUCGGUCUGCUUCCCCAUGACUCGUCACAACAUCUCCUGUUGUCUCUACAACAGUGUGAAUAUUGGUGUGAACUGACUUUGAAUUUGGAGACUUUUAUUCUUAGAAUGUGAUAUACUGGGAUAAACAUAAUUGCAACUGUGAAGGGGGAGGGAAUUAGGCACUUAAACUUAUAAAAGAUCAAAAACUAUUUGAACAUAGCUAAUGAACCAGAUGUUAUUAAACUUGUCUGUUUUAUAUAAACUGAUUUUAAUAUCCAUCCAUUUUUAUCAUGAAUACUUUACAAGGACAUUAUAAGUUGUCUGGGAUGAGUAUGUUCUAAGAAUUAUAUAUUUUUUACAAGAUUUUUUCCACUCAAAGUAGAAACAAAAGACUCUUAUUCUGCACUAUUUUGCCAAAACCAAAUCAUUUAAAUCUGUAAUAUCAUUUAGUUUAAUACCAUCUGGCCUUAUACAUUCUAUACUCUUUAAAGUCCUCUAAAACUUUACCUUUUUCCACCCACACAAAAAUGAGUCAACCCUCUAUGGGUCUUAAAAAUGCUUUGUUGUUGACACAAUUUGGAAAACUUUUAAUAUAAAGUAAAUUUAUUCAGGUGAUAACGAUAAAUCACUUACAAGUACACUUUCAUGUAAAUCAUGAAACGUUAUUUUAUUUAUGUGUUAAAAACCAAUGCUACUUUAGUUUUGUAUAUUUAAUUAUUCUGAUUAAACUUUUUUAUUUUCUUAAGUUUGAGUUUACUUGUACAAAUAUAUAAAAAGUGAUCAGCUUAUGAAUAAAGAUUAUACAAAAUUAUAAAAUAUUUAACAGAACUUUUAUAAAGCUAAUAGUGUUUAUACUGCAGUAAAUUGAUCCAUUAAGUGAUGCUUCCAUAUAGUAUGAUGUUUCAAAAGUUAUCUUUGUGUUUUAAAGUUGAGUUAUAUCAAAAUUAUUAAUAAUUUGAUAUACACAAUUAAUAAUAUUUUUGUCAAAGCUUUAAGUACUUUCAGUUGUAUGGUUUUUAUCACUUGUGUUUAGAGUUUUCAACUAUUUAGUUAAAAAUUAAGCAUGAUAAAAUAACACUAUUUUUAAGAUCACACUGAUAGAUUGAAAGAUGUUAUUAUAUUAUGUCCAGAUCAACUUCCACAGAAAAAUAAGACUUUUUUAAAGUUAGGUCUUCUCUUCCAUUGCCUAUUCAAAAGAAGCUGUCUUCCAUUCAAUUUAUUUCAGUCAUCACAACUGAAAUGCUAAUUUUGAAAAAAGUAGACCUUAAAUAAAUGUUAACUUUGUAUUUUUAUGUACAGUUUUAUGUGAUUUUCCAAAUUUAAAAUAUUGCAGCCACUUCCCUUAUUAUUUUAAGUUAUGUUUGUCAGACUUACAUGCUUUUAGCACUGGCUAAAUUCAGAAUGUUAAAGUAGUAAUUGUAAUAGAUUUUACAAAACUUAUCUUAGUGUUAACAUACCGUACAACGAAAAAUAUAAAAACAUGAACACUAACACACAAAUUUUGUUUUGGUGCCACAAGAAACUCAGGGAGAAUGUAUGUACUAAUCAGGGCGCUAUUCAUACAGAAACCACAUUUAAAAACUGUCUAUUAAACAGCUUAAAAAUAUGAGUACCUUUGCUGUGGAGUAGAUAAAAUACAAUGCUUCUGCAGUGUAAUAAACCUUGGAAGGCUUCUAUUACACAGCUGCUACAAGUUGUGUAUAUAAUAAAAAAUAAUUAAUAAUAAUUUGUGUAAUUGGUUAAGCUGGAUCAAAGAUACAUAGUGAGUGUGUUGUUUAGACUGAGGAUAGUUGUAACAAUUGUCUGUUACUGUGGACUAAAUUACUCUUAAUUAGGUUCAGUAUGAUAUCUUCUUUUAGUUGGUUAUAAAACUGACGUAAGCACAUCACAAACUAAAAUAAAUCGUACUUUUUGUAAUUUUAUUUUGUAUAUAUUAUACAUGUACAAUUGGUUUUUUCCUUGUUAACUAGUGAUAAAAAAUGUGUUACAUUGUCUAUGUUUUCUCAAUUUCAAAGCUAAGUAGUAAGUAAUUAAGCUAAGAAACAGGAGCAGGAAAUAUCUAAGACUUUGCUAAGCAAUUUAGCUUUUGCUACUUAAUAACAGAACGCUAUAGUUUCUGAGGACACAAACAACCUUAUUAUUUUUAGAUGUAAUACAAGUUUUAUGUUUAUUAUUAUUUACUGAAAAAACAUUAUACCAUACUUAUAUGCAACACGUGAAAUGUGGCAUAAAUGAACUCAGAGUGUAAUAUAGUGUUAGGAUAUCUCUUUUGUUUUUACCAAUAAUAGCACAAUGGCUAUUGUUCAGUUACACAUCAAUGUUUUAUGGGAAAUAUUUUCCUUCAAUCCAUUCCUUUUUCCCUCCUACCAAUCAAAACGUGUAAUCAACAAAAGUCUAAACUUUCAGGAAUAAAAUUCGUGAUUCUUUUAUAGACAGUUGAGCAAUAAAAUGUAAAAAUCCAAAACUUCUAUAACUUAAGAGAAUCCCCUUGCUUGAUUCAAAAUUAUAAUAUUAUUAAUUAAAGCAAAAUACUAUUUUUCGAAUUUAUGUAAGUUUUAGAGUCCACCAAAAUGUUAUUUUCCUUGAGUCUAUUAAAAAAAUAAGUUUUCAUUUUGAUCACUUGUAACAUUUUUAUAAACUUUUAAAUUAAUUUCUUUAUAAGAGAUUCAGGGUUGGCACAUAGGGGGUGAAUAAUGUGCAAGUAACCAGAGGGUGGCAAGCACACAAAUAAGGAGAGCAGAAAAACUAAGAGUUAAAUUAAUAAGCAAAAUAAUAAAUUUUUCUAAAACACAUACAAUACAAAAUAUUUCCUGUACUUGCAAUGACUUAUUUAGUACAUAGCAUUUAAUAUUAAAUAUCACAGCAGUUAGUGAUAUCUUGGGGACAUUGCCAAUGUGGGAGUGUGGUGUUGUGUGUUGGUGACACGUUAAAUGAUACAGCAGUGUAUUAGUACCAUGCACCCUAUACCACCAAAAUUUCCAGUAGCCCAAAGAAAAUUUCUUAUUGAAAACAUUUACGCGGAAUACAAAUGUUUGUAUUUUUAUUUAUUCAAAUCAUCCAUAAUAACAUUAUGUCAUGAAUAACAAAUGUUAAAGAAACAAAAUGAGUUUCCCGAAACUGAGAGAAUAAAAAAGUCUUUAAGUUAUAAGAAGAUUAGCCUAUUUUUUCCUGUUCGAUUACAUAAUCACUCUUGUUUGUGAUACUUGAAAGUUCUAUAAUCAUUAAACUUCAUAUAAUGAUCAAAAGUUUUGCAUGGGGUGUUAAAAUAGGUAGUGCCAGCCCUGAAACAAUUUAAAAAUUUUUUAACCUUUCGUAAAUAUUGUGUGAUAUUAUUGACAAUACAUGACAAUAAUAUACUGAAUAUUUACUAUAUCUAUAAUUUUUAAAUAGCAUUUUUUUCAAAACCACCUUUUAUUAGAGUAGCAAUUGUUAUUUUAAACUAUCAACAUGUAUUUUAAAAUUACAGUAAAAUUUACAAAAAAAAGUCAAACAUAACCUCAUCAAAGCUUAACUCCUCAAAGUGUCUCAUUUUUAGCAUAUUGUUGAUAAGAUAUUUCUUAGUUUAGUAUUAGGAUAGGUGAACUUCUCCAAUAGGCUGUAGUCAUGUAUAUACUUGUACAGUCAUAUUUUAUAAAUGUAGCGCCUUCAUGUGAUAUUUGCUCUAAGUGACCACACAGGGGUAUGUAUACGUUUACGAGCAAUGUCAAACAUUGCUAAUGCUUUGUACAAAAGACAUUGACGAUAUUGUAUGUUCAGUGUAUGGUUUUUGUUCACAUUUUGUAGGUUCGUGUUUUUGAGAUGAAACUACUGCCUGUGAUUGUUUCAGCUUUGUCUAUUCAGAAUUUAUUACAGCGGUCAAAUGUUGUUUUGAUUUUGAAAUUUUUAAGCGAUUGUUAACGGAUUGAAUCCAAUUUAUAAAGUUUUCUGUGUAAAACACAAUGUUAUAUCUGUAUUCGUUUUGGUUAUUAAAUUUUUAUGAGUAA